AUGAAGAAGAAAGAAGGAGAAGAAGGAGAGAGAAGGAAAGAAAAGAAGAAGAAGAAGUACAGAAGAGAAGAGACAAGAGAGAGAAGAAUAGAAAGAAGAAGGAAGAAAGAAACAGAAGAAGUGAGAACAGAAGAAAGAGAAGAAGAUGAAGAAGAAGGAGAAGAGCGAAGAAAGAAGAAGAAGAAGAAGGAAAAAGUAGAAGAUAAGAGAGAAAGAAAAGGAAAGAGAAGAAAGAGAAAGAGCAGAGAAGAAAAGAAAGAAAGAGAUAGGAAAGAAGAGAGAAAAGAAGAAGAGAGAAGAGAAAGAAAGAAAGAGAGAAAGAAGGAAAGAAGAGAAAGAAGGGAGAAAGAUUAUAAGAAGGAAAAGAGAAGAAAGAAGAAAGAAGUGAAGGAAGAGAAGAAAGAAGAAGAAGUAAGAAGAGAAGGUAAGAGAAGAGAGAGAAGAAGGGAAGACAGAAGAGAAGAAGAGAAAAGAAGAAAAGGAAGAAGAAGAAGAAAGAAGAAGAAGAAGAGAAGAAAGAAAGAAGAAAGAGAGGAGAAGAAAGAGAAAGAAGAAAGACGAGAGAAGAAGAGAGAGAGAAGAAGAAGAGAAGAAGAAGAAGAAGAAAAAGGAAAGAAAAGAAAGAGAAGAGAAAGAAGAAAGAGAAAGAAGAAAGAAGGAGAGAGAAAGAGAAAGAAGAAAGGAGAAGAAAAGAAGAGGAAGAAUAGAGAAGAAGGGAGAGGAGAAAAAGGAAGAGAAGAAGAAGGAAUAGAGCGAGAAGAAAAGGAAGAAGAAGAGAAAAGAAGAAACGAGAAGGGAAGAGAAGAGAAGAGAGAAGAGAAGAAAAGAAAGAGAAAAAGUCAAGAAAAGAGGAAGAGAGGAAAGAAGAGAAGAGAAAGAAGGAAGAAGGAGAGAAGAGAGGAAGAGAAGAGAAAGAAAGAAAGUCAGAAGAAGAAAGAAGGAAGAAAGAGAAAGAGAAGAAAGAUAGAAGAAAAGAGAAGAAAAGAGAGAGAAGAAAGAGAAAAAGAGAAGAAGAGUAGAAGAAAAGAGAAGAUAGAAGAAGUAGAAGAAAGAAGGAAGAAGAGAAGAGAAGAAGAGAAGAGAAAGAAGAAAAGGCAGAGGAAAAGAGAAAAAAGAAAGAAGAAGAGAAGAAGAAGAGAGAAAGAGAGAAAGAGAAAAAGAAAGAAGAAGGGACUAAGAAUAGAAGAGAGAAAGGUAGAAGAAGAGAAAAAGAAGAAAGAAGAGAGAAAAGGAAGAAAAGAGAGAAAGAGAAAGAGAAAGAGGAAAAGAGAAGAAGGAAAGAACAGAAAAGAGAAAGAGAAAGAGAGAAAUAGAAAGAAGAAAGGAAAGAUAAGCAAAAGAAAGAAGAAGAAGGAGAGAAGAAGAGGAAAGAGAAAGAAAAGAAGACAAGAAGAGAAGAGAAGAAGAAGAAAGAGAAAGAAGGAAAAGAGUGAAAGAAGUAGAGAGAAGAAAGAAGAAAGAAGAAGAGAAGGAGUAAGAAGAGAAGAAGAGGAAAGAAAGAGAGAGGAGAAAGAGAAGAGAAGAAGGAAGAAGAAAAGAAAAGAGAAGAAAAGAGAGAAGAAAAGAAAGAUUAACAGAGGAGAAGAAGAAAAGGGAAGAGAAAGAGGAAGAAAAGAGAAAGGAAAGAGAAGAAGAAGAGUGAGAAGCAGAAGAAGAAGGAAGAAAAGGGAAGAAGAAGAGAGAAGAGGAAGAAGAAACGAAGAAAAGAAGGAAAGAAAAAGGAAAAAAAAAGAAAAAAAAGAGAAGAAGAAAGAAGGAGGAGGAAGAAGAAGAGAGAGCAAGAAGAAGAAAAGAAGAAGGGAAGAAGGGGAGAAAGUGAAAGAAAAGAAGAGAAGAAGAAUAGAAAGAGAAGAAGAGAGAAGGAGAGAAAAAAACGAGAGAGGAAGGGAAGAGAAGGGAAACAAAAAGGAGAAGAGAAGCAAGAAAAGAAGAAAGAAGAGGAAGAAAGAAGAAGCGAAGAAAAAGAAGAAAGAAGAAGACAAAGAGAGAGGGAGAGAAAAGAAGACAGAAGAAGAAGAAAGAAGAGAAAGAAGAAGAGAAGAAGAAGAGAGAGUAGAAGAAGAGAAAGGAAAGAGAAGAAGAGAAGAGAAGAAGAAGAAGAAGAAAGAGAAGGAGAAAAAGAGAAGACAAGAAAGAAGAGGAGAGAGAGAAAGAAAGGUAGAAGGAAGAGAAAGGAGAAGAAGCAAGAAGAGAAGAAAAGAAAGAGAAGAAAGAAGAAAGAGGGAAGAAGAGAGAAAAAGAAAUGAAGAAAAGAGAAGAGAAAAGAGAGAACAAGAAGAAGAAGAAAGAAGUAGAAGAAGAAGAAGAGAGAGAAGAAAAGAAAGAAGAAGAGAGAAGAAAGAAAGAGAAAGAGAAGAAGAAAGAAGAGAGAGAAGGAAGAAAAAGCAAAAAGAAGAGAAGAAGAGGAAAGAGAGAAGAAGAGAAAAGAAAGAGAAGAAAGAAGAGGAGGAGAAGAAGAAGAAGAAGAAGAAGAAGAGAAAAGAAAAGAAGAGAGAAAAAGAAGAGAAAGAAGGAAGAAAGAAGAAGAAGAGAAAGAAGGAACAGAGAGAAAAGAAGAAAGUAGAAGAAAGAGAAAGUAGAAAAGAAGAUGAAGAGAAAAAGAAAAGAAGAAGAGGAGAAAGAGAGGAGAAGGAGAAGAAAGAAGAAGAAGAUAGAAGAAAGAAAGAGAAGAGAAAGAAGAGAAGUCGAAGGGAAGAGAAAGAAAGAAGAAGAGAGAGAGAGAGAAGGAGGAAAACAGAAAGAGAUAGAAUGAAGAAGAGAAAAGUAGAGAAAAGUCAAAGAGAGGACAGAGAGAAGAAGAAAGAGAAGAAAAGAAGAGAAAGAAGAAGAAAAGAAGAGAAAAAGAAGAGAAGAGAGAGAAGGAAGAGAAAGAAGAUAGAAGAGAAAAGAGGAGAAGAGAAGAAGAAGAAAAAGAAAGAGAGAGAGAUAGAAAAGAAGAAGAAAGGGAAAAGGAAGAAGAGAGAAAGAGGAAGAGAAAGAAAAAGUAAGAGCGAAAGAAGAAAGAGAAAGUAA